CUCGCACCACCAGUGCUGAGAAUGAUCCACCACCCUAAUAGUACCUGCUCUGUGGGGGUCCAUGGGGGUCCUGACCCCUGAAGGAACUACUAAGUGCUCCUGUAUCGUAAGUGGAACAGAUAAAACGGACACUGUAAGAUCAAGGAGGUGUUUGUUGGGACUGAAGAGGAAGCUGAUCUAUAAUAUGUGCAGGAAUGAACACAACUCCUGCAAACUGCUGGAACUGAUGGGGUUCUGCACUUCGGGCGGCUGGGCACUUUAUUCCCGCCCCUCGAUAGUGCACAGGAACAGAAGUCCAGUGGUGAGACAGAACUCUGGGGACAUCUAGUGGACAUUGCCUCACUUUACCUUCAUCAACGAACCCAUUCAGUAAACUGACUAUAUGACAGACGGAUGUAAAUCAUCUCUGCUCUGAUUGGCUGCCCGGUGUUGCGCCUGAAUCAGUUCAUGAAUCAGCGAGGGCUAAAACACUCCGGACGUCAUUAAAGUUGCGGCACGUACGUGGGCGGGACCAUUUCAGCGGCGGUGCUGAAGCGUCAUCGAAGAACUCUCCUGUGAUUGGCCGAACGGUGCCUGCGGUUGUAGCCAAUGAAAGCGAACCUGAGUCUGCACACUAGAACGUAAAGAUGCGGUGAGAAACAUAACGGCAUGCGCUCGCGGGGGCUUCAAACGACAGAACAAUGGGCAGCCAUCUGGGAGGAAGCCUUGCCCUGCUGCUCAUUCUCCAUGUAACUGCAGUGAAGAUGUGCCACCCUGGAUGUCAAUGUGAGGUUGAGAGCUUUGGAUUAUUCAGUAGUUUCAUCCUGACCAAAGUGGACUGCAGUGGCGUGGGUCCAAGCAUGGUGCAUGUUGCGAUUCCAUUGGACACCUUGUCCCUGGACCUUUCUUUUAACAACAUCCGUUCCAUCGAAGACUCCGAGCUCUCCGGCCCUGGGUACACAACCCUUUCCAGCCUCGACCUAAGCAACAACCUCAUCUCCGUUGUGAACGGCAGCAUGUUUUCCAAGCUGCGCUAUCUUCAGACGCUAGAUUUGAGCCGGAACUCUGUUGAGGUCCUCAUGGAGGGCUGUUUCACUGGCCUGCCUCUUGCUGAGGUAGAUCUGAGCUACAACCAGAUUCAUGAAGUUAACCUGAACGCGUUCACCGUCAGGAACCAAGGAAGACCCCUGAGUGUGGAUCUGUCCCAUAAUUUGUUAAGGGCUAUUACAAGGAUUCCACAUCUACAGCUUCCCAACAUUCAGAGUCUUGAUUUGGCAGGAAAUCAGCUGAAUUCAGUACCAGAACUCCAGGAUGUCUCGCUUAGGUCCUUGAACCUGGAUGAUAACCCCAUUUCUGUCAUUGAUAAACAGAGUUUUGCUGGACUGAAGGAUCUAGUCCACCUCUCUCUGUCUGAGAUGCCUGAAUUGCACACAAUCGAACCUGAAGGUUUGCAGGAUCUUCAGAACCUCCAAGUGCUUGACCUGUCGCAUAACAGCAAACUGAAAUCAUUGAGUACAGAAGUUUUCAGUGGCCUUAAACUGCUGCAGGAGCUCAAUUUGUCAGACUCUGGAGUUGUGUCUUUACCCACAAAUAUCCUACAGCUCCUCCCGAGCAUCAGGGCGAUUGUUCUGAGGGAUAAAGUGAACUGUUGGAAGGUCCACAAACAGGAACCAUUUCGUAGACAUGCCAGACAGAGUAACACCAUGGAGACGUUGACCUGUGAUGUGACUGGCGUUGUUCAGUGAUCUAGCCUGGAAAUUAAUUGAUUAUCAACGUUCUCGAAUGUAACACGUGCCUUUCUUUUUAAACAGUCACUUUGCAGUAUUAAGGCUUUGGUUCACUGUUGGCAUCCAGUGUAAUGCUCGAUAAGAUGUUGAGCUAUCUUUGUAGCUGUUCAGUUUUAAGCUUCAUGAGCAUGCUCCUCUUUAAAUGGACCUCUGAAGUCCUGUUAUUAUUCAGUAGUUGGCAUUAUGCCCUUAUUAGGAACUCCAAGUCUAAGCUCAAUUUUCUAUGGGGGAAAAAAAUAAGUAGCCUUUUUGGAAAUCACUGCCAUCGCACCCAAUCCUAAACAGAAUUGUUCCAAAGCCAAUACGUUUUGUUCAGUAUACAUACAUGGAACUGAUUAGACUGGCAGCCUCACCAGAAUACCCCACACAAACCAGGAAGCUGUGUCAAGUGUGGUAGUUUGCUAGUGUUGGCUUGCUUGUGGCAUAUAUGUAACAUGUAUUCAUAUUCUGACGGCUAAAUAAGAUUUCCCGUCAUUUUGGCUGUAAAAACGGGUUCCGCGUAGCUAUUUUCUUCUCCGUGGGAUAACGUCUUCCUCUGCAGCUUCCAAUGUAACUAUGCCACUACACAUGCACGUCUGCACACUUCUGCCCAUGCAAGUUUAAGUGUAAUACAGGGGCUUUUAACAGCAUCAACUAUCUUCAUUACACCAGAGUUCCCAAUAUGGGUGUGAUGCUGAGUACAGAAUGACUGACAACUUCAGAGGUCUGUGUGUAACAUAGUGCAACUCUAACUUUGGCUUUUUAAAUUGCUCACUGUUUAAGUUGCUGGCUUGCUGCUUGACGGUUAGUCUUUGUAGAGAUGUAGCAAAUCACAAUUAAAUUCAUCAUUUGAUCCAACAUAUUCGCAUGUUAAUGGUUCCAGUUACAGUUUUUGGAGCAUUGAAUAUUACAAAAGUUAACCAUAAUACAACAAUACAGCGGCUUCUGUUGUUACACUCCUAGUAAUUUGAUCCCAACCAUUGAUCCUGUCAUGCUUUAAGCUUGUACUACAACACAUAGGGUUGGUUUCCCAGGCAGGGAUUAAGCCUAGUCCUUAAUCCCCGGAGAACCUCCAGCCCAGCACUAAGCUUAAUUCCUGUUUGGGAAACAUGGCCCAUUAAAAGUAAACUCUGGUCAAAAUGAUGAAUCUUACCAUUGCUACAUGUGUUGUAGGGAGGCUUAGUCUCUAGAGUGAGAGGUUUUGGUUUAAAACUAGGAAAUGGCGCUGGAGGAUUCAUCGUUUUUAUAUCAAAAUUGCAGUUUUCACAUUGCAGGAGCUUUUUUUUAUUACUAUAGAUCACAUUAUCAACAUUUUUCGCUGGCUAAACGAGUUCUAAAUGGAGAAAUUUUAGCCUAACAGCACUGAGCCUGUGUACUACCUGUAGAUGUGUUCACCAAUGAGAGGCAGCAAAACACCCAUGUUCUUUAUAUGUGACAUCACAGCCAGUUUGAUGAACUCAACAUUCAAGCUUCAUGCCAGAAAAGGAAAAUCUUCUGGUCUUCUUGGCCAAAAAAACAGGCCUGCAAAUAAAUUGAUAGAAAAUGCAUUUAAAUCACAACCACAAUGUUUGGUCAUAAAAACUUGGAUAUUUCCCCCAAAUCGUUCAGCCCUACUAAGGAAACCUCUCUUCCGAUGGUGCAUCUUGAAGGUGGAAUGAUCUCUUAAAAAGUUGGUUUGUUUAAUUUUCCAAUAGCUGGCUAAUGCAGAAGGAAUCCAGAUACAUGAGUGGAUUCCAUCACUGUGGGGGGAUUCCCAAUGCCAUCACACUGGGAAUCAAAUACUUAUGUAAUGCAUUCUGGGCAUUGUAGUGAAAGAACAUUGAUGGAAGAAGAUGCAAGAAGUGCACAAAAUCACAAAUUUAGUUGGCUGAAGAGGCCGACAGACGCAACGCUGUGCUAUAGGAUGCUGCAUAACCUGGAUGAAAUAUUAACAGCUAGUUUUAGGCCUCAUUAAUUUUUGUAAAACAAGGAUUUGUGAGCAGGUUUGCCUUUUAUUGUAUUUUGCUUAAUCUAGGAAUGUUGACCUUAAUUUAACCUGCAGUCACCUAUGAAACUGUGCUGGUAUUUUAAUAUGUGAAAUGUUUGAUUUGUCUGUGCUUCAGAUGUAAAUAGUUUGCGUGUUAAUAAUUCAGGCAAAGGCUCUUCUGCAGGCAGAAAUGUGCUGUUUUUAUUUUAUGACGAAUGGUGCUAUGUUCGACAGUAUUUGUACAUGUCUUUCCACCUGUAUGUGGUUACUAAAACACGACACUAAAUAUCAGGUAACUUUUGUUUCAUUUGUAUUUGUGUGUAUGUAUCAUAUGCCAAAGAAAGUAUUAUUCUGUGCUGGAAAUAAAAACAGUGCACAUC